AUGCCAGUGUUAGACGAGCACAAGGUCAACCAUGCCAAGGGCGACGGAGAGCAGAUUACCGUAGACAGUGCGAGCUACGGUGGCGCAAUCCUCGAGGUGGGACCGUCCUUCACGCGCAACCGCUGCAAUACAUCGCUACCACCUUUCACCACCGUCUCCAACUCCGCUCUCCGCUUUCGCCCCGCCGACUUCACCUGCCGAGCUGCCAAAGCGAGCCAGGUCAGGAAGAGGAUUAAAAUGAAGGGAACAGAAUCAAUUUCCCUCACCAUGCUUAUAACGUGGAGAACAGUGAGGAGUCCAAUACCUUCAAGAUGCAGGGAAAACCAACAAGCAUAA